AUGAAGAAAUCAAAGGCCCAUUUAAGUUUUAAAGAAUAUGGGGAAAUAACUUAAAGAUCUAAGUCUAAAAAAGUUUUACCUGGCUAAAAGAAGUAGUUAGAAUUGAAAAAGGAGUAGGAUAGAAUUAAGAAACUGUUGUAAAAUAAUUAUUUCGCUAAUAAUUAUGCAGCAAGAGGAGGUAUCCACCCAUCUUACUAAUAAUUGAAAUCAAGAUUUCCACUUUUUGAAAUGGUUGUUUAAGAUGACGAUUUUAUGAAAAGAUUAGAGAGAAGGAAAGAAGAUGUCAUAUAUCUUAAUGAAUCAGUCAGUAAAAAUAUCUAUAAUGACUAAGAAAUUAACUUUAAUGGAAUUAUGAAAAAAGCCAGAUGGAGAUCAAGAUUAUGA